AUGGCUCCACAGAAGACGAGUGAAUUUGAACAACAACAUACAAAGGUAGAGGAGGAAGUGGAACAUACUGCUGGAAGUGGUGAUCCUCGUACCCGUCGUCCACGUAGUGCAGCUAGCAAAGAUUUUCAAACUGGGGGGGAAUAUUUAAUAACUCUCAAAGGCGACAUAGUGACAGUAGAGUCUGUUCCAGAUAGUGGUGGCAGCACCUGCAGUAAAGACUUCCAGGAACGCUUAAACGAAAUAACAGAGAAGUGGUUUCAAAUCAGGGAUAAGGACAAAACAAAUCAGGAUGACUUGAAUGAAUUUUGGAAUCACAUCAAACAGGUGCUGGGGAAAUUAGCUGAUGCCUUAGGCAAAGAGGACGAAGCAAACAAUAAUCUAUGCGACAAUAUUACGGGCAAAAGUGGUCCACUUACUGAUAGCGAAAAGACGGCAUGUAAUAACAUUGGUAAAGGGUUGAGGGGUAUAUACAAUAUUCAGCUUGAAGCAAGUGAAAAAAAGAACCCUGUUCAGAAUCCAAAUUUUGAGCAAACAAUAGGUUGUCUCAUGUUAAAUUUAUACGCUCACGAAAUAAGCAGCAAGUGCCCUAUCAUGGGAAAAACUGUUAAAGAGGCCUUUACAGUCCACAAGGAUCUUCACGUAGAGGAGUGCAAGAGUGGGGAUAAUAAAUGUGUUCAAUGUGUGUGGGACGAAUGUGCAAAUUAUACUAUUAAUGGAAAGGAAAAUCUACGGACAAAACCACUAUUACUGAAUGGUUUGGAUGGAAUUCCUGGCGACGAUAUGGAAAAGUAUAAAGGCUUCUGUAGAAUUAUAAUAAGGAAUAUAAUAUUGACGACAGCCGUUGGAAAAGAAUUUAAAGACAAAAACCAGACUCAGAAGCAGGGGAAGGGUCAGGCUCCAUGUGAAAAAAUCGUAAAGGGAAUUCCUGUAUGUGACUUACUUAAAGUAUGGAUGUGGUAUAUGGACUUGUUCUGUGUACCGAAAGCAGUUAUAGAACAGGCCCUUAGAGGUGUGAAACAGGUCAGGGAAUUGAUGGAUAAAGGUGGGAACUAUGCGGACUGUACUUAUGAUGCUGCACUUAAGAUUCCUUAUACGGGACAGAAGAAUGUGGUAGAUGAAGUGUAUGAACUAUUUGACACAAAUAUGUUGCAUACUAAUAUGGAAGCAAUAACUGACAAGAAAUGGUGUGCCGAUAAGGGUAAAGGGCAAAAGAGGAGAAGGAUCCCUGAGGAUUUGAACCCUGGACGGGCUGAUCAGGAAAAGAAGGAUCAGCUGGUUAGUGGUGACGAAUUAGAAAAAUUGAAGGGUCUCAUUACAACAAUUGGAGAGAAACUGCAGGAUGAGAAAGAUGAAGGUCCUCCUCGAGAAGAAGAUCCUCCUCGGGAGGAAGAUGUUCCUGAGAAGAAGGAAGAAGUACCUGAAAGGAAACCACCGUCGGAAGACACUGAUCAAACAGGUGAAACAGAGGCCUCUGAGGAGACAGACGCACACGGAACAAAGGACGAAAGUAAAGAAAAAGAAACCCAGAACAAAGUUGAACCAACUCCUCCUGAGGACGGCAACGGGGAUGACCCAUCCUCCAGCGGCAGCAGUAGUUCUUCCUCUUCUAGCAGUAGCAGUUCCUCAUCAAGUGAUGCUGGAGGUGCUGCUCUUGGUGGAGGUAGUAGUCGUGGGUCAAUUUCAGUAACACCCAAGGCUGAACCACUUACUGACAGGAAAGGAAUCGAUCCCUUCCUUCCUUAUUUCCCUCUUGCUCCUGCCACCAUUGGAAUCACUGUUAUGAGUUAUCUACUUUGGAAGUAUUUUGGAAUGCUUCGUAAGGCAAGAAAACGUUAUAGAAGAGGUCCUCAAAUUCGUGGUCCAACAUUGGAAGAACAACUCCUUGCUCAUGUGGACCAACCUGGUCCACGUGAAUAUUACAUUGUUAAGGAACGCAAACCUCGUUCUAUGCCUAAAAAAAGGAUGAAAAAACAGGGCGUUCGUCGCCGCAUGAUUAUUGAUAUUCAUUUAGAAGUCUUAGACGAAUGUCAAAAAGGGGAUCUGCAUUCGACGAAGGAAGAUUAUUUUACCAUUCUUGUUCAAGAGUUUAUGGGAUCUAAAUUCAUAAAAGAAGAAAAGGUUCCAAGUUGA